AUGCAGUGGACUGUCGCGCUUGAGGGCGGACCUCGCCGCGUCAACCACGCUGCCGUUGCGAUCGGCGAUAGGGUGUUUUCCUUUGGUGGCUAUUGCAGCGGCGAGACCGUCGAUCCCGAACAGCCGAUUGAUAUUCAUAUGCUAGAUACUAAUACAUAUCGAUGGAUUUCUGUGAAGGCGCAUUCGUCGGAUGUUGAAGAAGGUGAUGAUAGGAUGGAAGAAGACGACAUGGAACCACUCAGAUCAUUGCCAUAUCAGCGCUAUGGGCACACGGUAUGUGCAUACCGAGGACGGGCUUAUUUAUGGGGCGGCAGAAAUGAUGACUAUGGAGCAAGCUCAACACUUCAUGAAUUCGAUCCCGUGCUGCUCCGCUGGCGCAUUGUCCCUGUCGAAGGACGUGUCCCUCCAGCCAGAGACGGUCACUCGGCAGUGGUUGUCGGUGAUCGCAUGUUUCUUUUUGGUGGUUUUGAAGAGGAUUUGCAACGAUUCAGCCAGGAGACCUAUGUGUUCGAUUUUUUGACGAACCGAUGGAGCGAGUUCAAUACCACGGGUCAACCACCACUCUGGCGCGAUUUCCACACUGCUGUUGCGAUUGAUAGUAAAAUGUAUAUUUUCGGUGGAAGAAGUGAUUACACUGGACAGUUCCAUUCGACGCGCGAUAUGUAUGACGAGCGUUUGAAGGCAUUAGAUUUGCGAACAGGCGAAUGGUCAGAUCCUAUUUGUAACGGCGUUGGACCGUCUGGACGGCGAAGUCAUUCAGCUUGGACGUACGGUGGAAAAAUGUACAUUUUUGGAGGAUAUCUCGGCACUCAGAAUAUGCAUUACGACGAUUUGUUCUCGUUUGAUCCGUCAACGAAUCACUGGGAGAAGAUUAAGACGUCCGGUCGAAUGCCAUCUGCUCGUCGCCGUCAGUGCACUGUGGUCGUUGGCAGCCGAGUCUUCUUAUUUGGUGGAACUAUGCCGGUUAAGAACAGCUCCGGUUCACCCUCCGGUCUCGCUGAUCUUGCGGACCUUUACGUGCUAGACUAUGCACCUUCACUGAAACAUUUGGCAGCGGGUGUGGUGCUUCGCUACAACUUCCACAAAGCAUUUGCAGAUUACAUUCCACGCGAUCUCAACCGCGAAUUAUGGGCGAUGACGACUCCGAACGCGAUCUCCACUCCGCUCUCACAGCGACAUGAUGCUACCGGAUAA